UUUAACUACUAGGACAAGAAUCAUUCAUCAUCUACACAAUUUUAUUAGAUUUGUGUUUUAUAAAAAUUGAUUGUGUUUAUAAAUAGCUUGUAAGAUUAUCUAUGGAUCCCAAUCCACCAAGGCGUGCGAGAAGUAGAGCUCGUGGGAGACAUCCUCCUGCUCUUGAUCAAAUAGGACAACCACGAGAACAUCCGCCUAAAAAAUCAGGACAACUACAUGGAGCUGGCCAGGCAAAGGCACCAUCAUCGCGGUCACAAACUAGAAAUAUGCCAGGCCAAUCUGGUCCACCAAGUCUUGUAAGAUUAUCUAUGGAUCCCAAUCCACCAAGGCGUGCGAGAAGUAGAGCUCGUGGGAGACAUCCUCCUGCUCUUGAUCAAAUAGGACAACCACGAGAACAUCCGCCUAAAAAAUCAGGACAACUACAUGGAGCUGGUCAGGCAAAGGCACCAUCAUCGCGGUCACAAACUAGAAAUAUGCCAGGCCAAUCUGGUCCACCAAGUCUUGUAAGAUUAUGUAUGGAUCCCAAUGCUAUAAGGCGUACGAGACGUCGAGCUCGUGGGAGACAUCCUCCUGCUCUUGAUCAAAUAGGACAACCACGAGAACAUCCACCUAAAAUAUCAGGACAACUACAUGGAGCUGGCCAGGCAAAGGCACCAUCAUCGCGGUCACAAACUAGAAAUAUGCCAGGCCAAUCUCGUCCACAUAGUGUUGAACAAGUAACGAGUGGAUCAGGAAACUUCAAAACAGGUACGGCUUACUGUAUACAUUAUCUUUAA